CGGGCGGACACCUGCGGUCCCCGGGGAGAGGGCCUCUGCCAGAAGUGAUCCAGGACUUCAGAAUGGAACACGGGCCUCUUCCCCUCUCCUUGUGAUCAAGCCGCUGGCCGACAUUUAUGUGGGGAUGCCAAUAAACCACCAGAAAUCAGACUCUUCAGAGAUGGACUCUGACUUGUCACCCGGCUGCAGGCUCAGUGACCUGAGCAGAGGGGGCAGCUUGGAGAGUCGAAGUAGCAGUUCUCGCUCCAGAAGUCUCACUUUGGAUGACGAGAGCCUGAAGUACCUCACCCAUGAGGAAAAGGAUGUCAUCCUGUUUUUUGAAGAGACUAUUGAUUCCCUGGAGGACGACUUUGAGGAGCAAGUCCUGUGUGACAGUGGGGUACACUGCCAGCCCCCAGAGUCUCUGGAAGGAAGCACUCCCGGCCACUUGGAACCAGAAGAUGUCAUUGACUUAGUGCAGCCAGUAUAUGCAGCUGGGGAACCUGAGCGCCUCCCGGAUGUGACGGAAACAGCAGGGGCGGGACCUGUUGGAAAGGAAGACGUUGCCGUCCUGGAAUGCGGGGCCCAGGAUGUGGAGGCUUCUCCCCCACCAGGGUGCACCGGUCCAGAGGCCCUUCCUCGGCCACCCUCCCUGCCUGUCACCACAGCGCCAGCCCACCCCAGGAAAGAGCAGCUCUCUUCUUCUCCUCCAGCGGAGCACCCAAAACUGCCCCGUUCAGUUCCUACUCCGCUUGUUAUCGCCCAGAAAAUUUCUGAGAAGUUGGCAGGAAAUGAAGCACUCUCACCCACCUCCCCCUCCAAGGAGGGCAGGCCUGGAGAAGGGAGGACGCUGACUUCCAUGGCCCCUCGAAACGGAGACCACUUGUUGUGGCACAGACAUACGGCACAGCCCGCACCCAAGAUCCACCGCUUCCCGAGCAACAUCAGUGUGACCAACAGCGCCGGGAAGGAGUUCAACAAGACCAUCUCCAAGGCCGCGGUCAACGUGCAGGAGCGGAAAGCCCGGGUCCUGGCCAACAUUAACGGAGUCUCUUUCUUCUCCGUGGGAGAAUGGGAGGAUCGGGCCCGAAAGGGUGAUCUCCCGGAGCAGAAGAGAAGCGUCUCUCCAGAGCAGGGGACGUGUGGCCAGAGCAAGCCAGGCCCCGUCCAGGAAGCUGUGUCCACACAGGCAGGAGGACCGACCAGCAGUCAGCAGUCCAGAGGCGUGCAGACAGAGCAGACGCCACCACUGGAGAAUGGCUUCCAGAACAUCCAUGAUGUCCUAAAGAGUGAGCCCGGUGCCUUCUUCUCUACUGGGAAAACUGUCACUUUCCGCCCGGACCCGGCUCUUACCAAUAAACUUGCACGCCAGAACGCCAGCAAGAGCUUGUAUGAGCACCGUCAGCCAGACUGCAGUCAGGAUGCUAGGAAGCGGUCAGGUUCGCUGCCCAGGGCCGUGGGGUUCAGACCCCAAGGCAUCACUGUCCAGUUUGCUGGCCGAGGCUCCACUGAGGAAGCUCGCCGGGAGGCCCUGCGGAAGCUCGGCCUGCUGAAAGAGAACUUGUGAUGGAGAAUGAGUGGGGGCUGGAGGAUGUGGAUGGCCAGGUUUGUUUGGCCUAAAAUGGCUGUGCGUCGUAAAGAGCCAUCACAACAGUCCCAACAGCUCUGCCCUGCUGCGGUCUAGCAAUGACGGGUACCAGGACUCAGCAGUCCAAGCUGGGUGUCUGCCCCCUCCCAUCCUACCUUUGAGCUGGGAUUUCCUUCUAUAAACAAGGUCCAGCACUAGAGCUUCCUUUUUCUAAGAACUCAGAUAAUAACCUUGAAGACCUAUAGAUUUCUAUGAUUUGUAACUGCCAUCUAUUUUGUAGAUUCAGGAGAAGGGGGAUUGGGUCCAAUUUGCUAUUCUUGAGUCUCUAACCUAGCCUUUGAUCCCAAGCAAAUGGACAUGAAGGCCAGUUUAGAUCUCUUAUACUCAAUUCUCUAAGCUAGGGAUUUCCUCUCCUUUCUAAGAAAAUAUUAAAACUGAGUGUUAAAUUUU